AUGACAUAUUUCACAAAUUGGGAAGAAUUUAGUAAAGCCGUUGACCGACUUUGCAUCACUAAUCCAACAAGAUGCAGAUUUACAACCAAAUAUAGUCCGAAAGAAGGCAAAAUAUUGCUUAAGUUUACGGAUAAUGUUGUUUGUUUACAAUACGCGACAGAUCAGCUGCAAGAUAUAAAGCGCUUAGAAAAGCUAACUGCGACGUUGAUGAGGCAUCUUGUUUCGAAAUCGUAG